UUGCCUCCAUUUUGCUCUCGUGUGUAUGUGUGCGCGCGCAGUGUCGGUUGAAACUGGAACGAAAACAGGACCGAAAGCGGACGCACUGAGAUCUCUACAGCAAUGGACGGCAUCGGUGAUGUUGCGGUUGGGGUGAAGAGAGGGUCCGACGAGCUGAGCAUGUACAGCAGCCCCACCUCCGGGGGGAGCAGCGCCAGCGACGGAGCGUCCAACGGCAGCGACAGUAAGAAGCUGCGGGUGGAGGAGGCGCCGCCGUCUCGCGUGCUCCACAUCCGCAAACUGCCCAACGAGGCCUCGGAGACGGAGGUCAUCGCCCUGGGCCUGCCCUUUGGGAAGGUCACCAACAUCCUCACGCUGAAGGGGAAGAACCAGGCGUUCCUGGAGAUGAGCACGGAGGAGGCGGCCAUCACCAUGGUCAACUACUACACCACCGUCAACCCUCACAUCCGCAACGUGCCCGUGUUCAUCCAGUACUCCAACCACAAAGAGCUCAAGACCGACGCCGGCAAUCAGCGGACCCAGGCCAUGCUGCAGGCGGUGUCGGCCGUCCAGUCCGGCGGGUCGCCGAGCGCCGACGCGCAGGAGGCUCUGGCCGCGGCCUCCAGCCCCGUGCUGCGCAUCAUCAUCGACAACAUGUUCUACCCCGUCACGCUCGACGUGCUGCAGCAGAUUUUCUCCAAGUUCGGCACGGUCAUGAAGAUAAUCACGUUCACCAAGAACAAUCAGUUCCAGGCCCUCCUGCAGUUCAGCGACCCGGUCAACGCCCAGCAGGCCAAACUGGCGCUGGACGGCCAGAACAUCUACAACUCCUGCUGCACGCUGCGCAUCGACUUCUCCAAGCUGGUCAACCUCAACGUCAAGUACAACAACGACAAGAGUCGCGACUACACGCGGCCCGAGCUGCCGGCCGGCGACGGCCAGCCCAGCCUGGAGUGCACGGUGGCCCACGCCUUCAGCAAGGACUCCAACUCGCUCCUCGGUAAGAUCCCAGGUAGAUCACGCUUCUUAUUCCACGUCCUUUUCUCUUUUCACGAUCACGUCGUUGUCGUUUGUUUGUUUGUCGUGAAAGAGCCGCUCUCCAUUCCACGGUUGUCUCUUGUCCCCCUUUCCUCGCCAGGAGCCCUGAACCCUCUGAGCGCGGCGGCGGCGGCGGCUGCUGCUGCAGGCCGGGUGGCGCUCGCCGGGCAGCCGGGGUCCAGCGGGGUCCUGCUGGUCAGCAACCUCAACGAGGAGAUGGUUGCGCCCCAAAGUCUGUUUACCCUCUUCGGCGUGUACGGCGACGUCCAGAGGGUGAAGAUCCUGUACAAUAAGAAGGACAGCGCUCUCAUUCAGAUGUCCGACGCCAACCAGGCACAGCUAGCCAUGAGCCACCUUAACGGCCAGAAGAUGUACGGUAAGAUCAUCCGCGUGACGCUGUCCAAGCACCAGACGGUGGCGCUGCCCCGCGACGGCCUGGACGACCAGGGCCUGACCAAGGACUUCGCCAACUCCCCGCUGCACCGCUUCAAGAAGCCCGGCUCCAAGAACUUCCAGAACAUCUUCCCGCCAUCCGCCACCCUCCACCUCUCCAACGUGCCACAAGACGUGACGGAGGAGGACCUGCGGCUGCUCUUCCAGAACGCCGGAGGAACCGUGAAGGCAUUCAAGUUUUUCCAGGACCGUAAGAUGGCCCUGCUCCAGAUGACCAUGGCGGAGGAGGCCAUCCAGGCGCUGAUCGACCUCCACAACUACAACAUGGGAGGCAACCAGCACCUCAGAGUCUCCUUCUCCAAGUCCACCAUCUGAAGGACCGGGUCAGAACCUGACGGGCUGUCUGUACACUGGGGGGGGGACCGGUGGACCGGUUCUGUUGAUCCUGUCAUUCCUUCAAGAGAAACGGACAUUUUUGUCAUCCUGUCUUUUGCAAAAAGAGUAUUUUGCAGGUGCCCCCCCCCCCUGGUGGUAGUUUGAUGUAGUUCAGUGUUUAACUUUUUAUUCUUUAGUUGAGACGAUACAGUACUCAUGUGCCUUACUUACAAUAUCAACGAUUUCUACAGCUGGACAUUUCAUUUCACUCCUUCUGUGUCCCAGGCACAUCGUAUCGGUUCAUGUGAGAGAGGGAGGGAGAGACAGAGGGGGAGAGGGAGGGAGGAGAGAGAGAGAGAGGGAGGGAGAGAGAGAGGGGGAGAGAGAGAGGGAGGGAGAGAGAGAUAUUUAGUUCUUUGGCGCUGGUUUUAGAUUCAUAACGUUGAUCCUUAUUUUAGUUUUACAGCAACUGGUCAGACGUCUUCACGUCGAGUAUGUUUAGCCCCUCCCCAUUUACACAUCUCCGUGUGGCCCCUUCCCCUUCUACACAUCACGUGGCCCCUCCCCCUUUUACACAUCCCCAUGUUGCCCCUCCCCCUUCUACACAUCCCCACGUGGCCCCUCCCCCUUCUACACAUCACGUGGCCCCUCCCCCUUCUACACAUCACGUGGCCCCGUGUUUCUGUGCUUUGGUUUCUUUGGGCGUCCCCGCGGCUAUUCCAUGAGGUGUGUGUGUGUCGUCGGUGGUUUUUCUUAAGCAUGUUUUGGUUAUUAUGGGAUGUCGCCGCAUGAGGAGUCCACCGUGACGUCAUGUGACCGCUUCACAGCGGGGCGUCGGGACAGCAGCGUCGCUGACGGCGCCCGAACUUCUGAGAGCGGCGAGUUGAUUCCCUCCAAUAAAAGUUCAUCUCUUGUGUUU